UGUCGUCUGCUAGCAGGAGGGAGAGCACAGUGACAGCAGCAGGCCAUGGCGGGGAUGAUGAGUCACAGCCAGCAGCGGGCGCCCGUAGUACCCGUGCAGCAGUAGGCCCUCAGCAUGGCGGGCCUGGGCGCCAAGGAGAUACUCAGGAACGUGACGGCCCUGGAGCAGCUCAUCGAGGAGAUCAACUUCCAGCGGGCCAAGGAGAUGCGGCAGUGUCUCAUGGCCAAGGACUCGGACACGGGCUUCGUUAUGGUGCAGGGGACCACCUACUGGACCGACCUCUUCGUGCGUCACUUCCUCUUCCAGACAGACAGAUCCACGGACGCUGACGACCUUCUGUUCUUCAUCAGAAAGAAGCAGCUCAAGGGCUCGCGAUACAUUCCAAAGUACCAGACUGAGGUGGAGGUGUAUCGGAGAGACAGUCGGAAGCUGCCCAUCGGUGAUCCUGAUGUGGACUGGGAGGAGACGGUGUACCUGAACCUCAUCAUCCACCAGUUUGACUACACCCUCACGCUGGCUGUCUGUACCCGCACCAGCCCCAAGGACCUGCAGGUGCUGCGCCGACACUCACAGAAAGUGUAUGCCAGUCCGAGUCGACGCAGAAUGGACACGAAGGGAGAGGUGGAGGAGAUAACGUACCCCAGCGUGUGUUUCCAUGUGGACAACUUUGAUGAGGUAUUCGCGGAUAUGCUGGUUCGCGACGGAGAGAUGGUCUGCGUGGAGCUGGUUGCCUCGGACCACGCCGGCAUCCGACAGGCCGUGAUCUUCCUCGGUUCGAUAAGAUACGACGCCCUGAAGCGGGUUUACGAUGCCAGAGCAAGUCUGAGCAGCAAGGUGGCCCAGCGGAUGAUGAUGGGGCUGUUCGCCGGCAACAGCAACCAGAGGAUAGAGUUUGUGCGGAUGAAAGGACCUCAGGGAAAGGGGCACGCUGAGAUGGCAGUGACCAAGCCCAAAGGUUCCGGCGUGGAGACUCCCACCUCGGAGCCCGGGGUGAGCCUGACGGACAUGUGGGACUGUGACUGGGAGGACGAGCCCGAGGACAGGUUCAUCUACAGGCACCAGAGGCGCCUGAGUGACCCCAGUGCAAACUUCAACACCUUCAUCAACUCGGGCUGGAAGUCUCGGCCGGAGGGUUCUCGGUCACGCUCCGAGAAUGAGGGUCUUGACUACUUUGCCGAUGGGCUGUACGAGAUCGAGUCUGGAGACGUGCGUGACGCGGUGUGUAGUGGUAGAUGUUGUUCUGUGGUAGCAUGCAACACAAUUCAGGAAGAGGAGGAAAUACCACAGGCAGUGCAGUGUGCCAAAUGCCGACACUUUCAUGGGGACCAGCUGGUGGGGUCUGGCUCCUCUAAGGAAGCUGAUAAAGGGUCUUCUCCAAGCCUAAACUUGCCCGGUCAGGUACCCGAAAGUGAUUCCCCACAUCCCGAGCCGUCCCAGUGUCGUCCCUCCACCCCUCCAUCUCCCCACGAGGGCAGCCCCCUCCUCGCGUCCCGUCCUGUCUCGCCAGAUCUAACGCUGACGCACCACGACUCCCAGGCAAUAAGUGAUGUACAAAUUGAAACUGUCGAUUCUGACGAAUUUGUUACUAUUGUGCCAAAAGACGGUGGUGGGACAGGUGCCAAUGCUGAUGCUGAAUCGGCCUCGGAAGGCUUGACUAGCCCGAAGGCGGGAGACUCCACCAGUAGCACAGCCAAGGAGGAAGUGUUUGUGGUGAUUGAGUCUUCAACCACCGAGUGUGGGGCCGGCAUUAAUGAGACUUCCUUCAUCAGCAAAGACAUUCAGCAUCAGAUAUCCAAGGCCAAUCAGCUGCACACGCUGCCUCGCACAACCAAGGAGAGUGCCAGGAGAAAGGAAGUGCCUCCAAGAAGUCCCGGUAAAGCAAGACCCAAGACCCCAGGUGGCGCCAAGAGAGUCCGGACCCCCACAUCUGAGGCAGAGUCAGAUCCACAGUCCCCAAGAUGCUCCCACAGUCCCAAGACUCCUGAAUCCCCCAAUGCUUCCACUAGACUAUUAAGUGACACUGACCACGGUGAGGACGAGAUGCAGUGUGGUAAGGAAAAGCCUCCAUUCAAAAAGAGUCUUUCCGUUGACUCGGCCAAAAUGAGUGCUGUCAGGGCGAGGCUGGAGGGUGCUGACUCACCUUCCGAAUCCAUUACGGCGCUAAACCUCAGUCCAGUCAAGACGAGAAAGAAAAUCUCGGUGCCAUUCCGAAUGACGCCCGAUGGCACCAAGGUUAACUUUCUCUGCGAUGUCAAGCUGGAUGAUGGGGCGUACAACCCUCUGUGGACCACCAAAGGCUUCACGCAGACGUUCCACUUCUGGAAGGAGUCGCGGCGGGCCCAGUCUGUCCCCCUCAAUGCCUACCUGACCUACGUAACACUGCCAUGGUUCACAAUCAUCACAGACAUCCUAGACCACAGGACAGGACCAAUCCUGACGUUCUAGCACCAAGGUGGAAGACCAGCGCUGGCGGAGGGCCGCCGGCCACAGCCACCCACACCCGACACUGUGGUCAGCUGUGUGAGCUCUCUGUUUUCCGUACAAUGACCAAAAGUUAUCUCCACUAAGCUUGUCCUUUGUCUGGUUUUGGUAUAAUGUCUUCUAUAUAUUAUUUUUUUAUGCAAAUGGUUUUGUAGGAGCCUCGAAUCUUUCUUCUGGGAAGGUUGCAUAAGGUGCCAACUUCUGUACCAGCCCGAGGGACCCCUGAAUGUACGUCCCUUAGUUUUUGUUCCCUUGACUCACACCGGCAGCAUCCAUGACCUUCAGACUCUUAGCCAACUCAUUCCCUUAGUUCAUGACAUUCAUUCACUCACUCAUUCCACUUCAGUAACCCAUCAUCACCCAGCUCCUCCAUCAACACUGCAACAUCAUCUUUUGACUCUCAGGCUAUAAAUUCUCCUGGUUCAUGCCACAUUCACACUGCACCCAUUCCAUCAACACUACAGUAGCCACAUUCAUUUCUUUCUCAUGGUCUAGGAUUCAGGCCAAGGGCAAAACUGAUUGUUAAAAAUACCCUUGUGCUCUUCCUUUUCCUCUCAAGACUAACACAGAUCUCACAGCCUCCACAUGUCAACACCCGAAUCUUCCCUCUUUCUACAUCAGCCACAUUUCAUAGUCAAGGUAUUAGGCUGGGCAUCCCUCUGUCUCUAACCCAUGGCUGUGUCUUUCCCCAUAUUCCUGUCCGUGGCAUCAGUCUCGUGUACAUCAAAUAUAUUUUUAGGCUCAACUUCUGGACAUUUGAGGAAGGGCAGUAUUAAAAGGAGAGGACAUGUUACAAUCGCUACCUGCUUUAACCGAAGCCAUGCUCAGAUCAUUGUAUAUGUGUCGGGUGUUCAAUUUUUCACCGACAUGGAUGCAGACAUGGAUGACAGAUAUAUGGAUGCCCAGACUUAGAUGCUGUCAUUGUGGUGUGCUGUCCCCGGUACCUCAGAGCCCCCAAGACCCCUCGCCAGGAGUCCGGGGGCGUCGUCUGUUCAAUUCAAAAGAGAAACAAUCACAGAACCGGUAAAUAAAGCAAAGUAUAAAUGCUCCCCUUUGUACAAACUGGUAUAUAUAUCGUACGUCAGAAUGCCGACCGAUGCAUGCAGUUCACUAUUAAAAAAACCAUGAGUGGAGCGGUGCAUCUUCAGACAUAAUAGUAACGGUACAUUUCCGGCAACCUACGUACCACUAGGGUCAUUUUUUGUAGCAGUUUCCCUUUACGUACUCUGAUUUCUCUCUCUUGGGUAGACUUGCACAAAAGGACUUGAUCUGCCUCUCUUAGCAGCCCUUGUUUUGUGGUCACAUGUCAUUGUCAACUUGUCUCUUGCUCAGCCAGGUGUUUCUGGAGCCUCAGCAGCAUGGUGUGAGGGGGCAAGGCGCGUGUACGAUGGGGUGUGCUCGCCUACUCACACACACACUCAUUUCAGUUAGUAAUCAUAGCCCGUACAACCCCAUCAGGGAAAACACGGACGUUAAAUGAAAGGAAGAGGCAUUGUCGUAUCUAGAUUAGUAAACUACUGUGAAAAAUAGAACUGAGGUAUGAAAAUUUGCUUAAAACUUGAUAUAUUUGACCCACUAUUUCAUCCUCCUCUCCUGUAUGUCAUAAAGGGAACAGUACAUGGCAGGAUUUUUUGUUUUAUGCCUUUUUAUAUCUCUUUACCUGCUCCCUUAGUUCAUUCUCUUUGUCAGUUAGUUAGUUAGCCAAUCUCCCUAACCACAAACAUUAUUCUGUCGAGUUAUUUUUCACACCUCAGCUCAGAUUUUCCAGAGUAUCUUUUUCCCGGUGUGAGUGUUAACCGGAGUGGUGUGUGUGUCUGGGCUGGUGAACACGCCCCAAGGCCCUGCGUGUCUGCCGUGGGUGGUUGUGGGUACGCUGCCGCACGCCACGCCCGUGUUGCCCUCUCGGUCUGUGUCUACGUUUCAGUAUUUUAGGAUUCAGGUUUUAUGAGGAAAAUGUAACAAAAAAAAUGUGUGUGUGUGUGUGUGUGUGUUAGGAUAUGCAUUCGUGCGUAUACUCUUUUGGUAUGCAGGAAGUCGUGUAUGAGUGGUUGUGUGCGGCGUUCAUAGUGUGACGCUCAUGUGUGCACCGUGGAGAGUACACACUUGGUUGUGAAGUGAUGUGAGUUCAUCCGGUGGUGUGCAGGAAAUGAUCUUGACUGGAAGGUUGUUUAAGCUGUGACGUUACCCUGACACUGAUGGGUGUUUGGAAGGAGAGGUUGUGAAUUAUAAUCGUAAUAUAUAUUCAAUUUAACUGUGUGAACAUCUCUCAUAUGCAGAUUCAAAGUUUCCUGAAUAUAAGUAGAAAACAAAGGCUAACUUGCUUGAAAAAUGCAAUUAUAUGUAUCCAAAAUAUAAUGUUUAGUAUAAAAUGAAAGAGACUAAAAUUAAAUAGAUAAAAAGGUGUAUAAUUUUAAUAUAUGCUAGAAAACUGCAGACUGAGAAAAAACAUAAUGGUAGGUGAAGCUCUCUGUCCAGCCUCAGGGCACUGGAAGAGAGGAAGAAGAAAUAUUGAGUGGGGAGGUGGAGCUGAUUGCUUUGCUUGUCUCCUGAGCAUGAAGUGGAACAAGGUGGCAAAGAUGCAGCCUGUGUGUGUGUGUGUGUGUGUGUGUGUGUGUGUGUGUGCUUUGAGAUAAAUCACAAAAUACACACUAUUGAUGUGGAUUGUUUGGUGUACAGCCCAUCCCAGGUGUGCUUGGGUCUCCCUCCCGGACGUCUGGGCAAGUGUUGAGUCGUUUCUCUAACCUUUCUAUAAAGCUGGAGUUCAGGUCACCUUGCGUCCAGGUAACAAAUAACCCUUCGACUGUCCAUGAUUCUUACUCAUGUUCCACUUACCUUGCAUGUUAGUUCCUGUUAGUAGUUAUUAGCAGGGAAAGAUCUGUUUGUGUACUCAGUCACGGUUGUGUGUACCAUGUGCCAACAGGAGCUGACAAAAACAUUAAUGGAAACUUGGCGAUAAGUGUAGUAUGGAAUUUCUAAGCUACAUAGAGGUACUUCUCAUUUUACAGGAGUCUAAUUUAUGCUUUUUGGGAAGAAUGCAAAAUGAAAAUACAUGCUUAAAUUACAUAAAAUUCACUUUAGGCAGCCACUUCAGGAACGCUACUCUUGCAUAAAAUGAGCUACUGGCACAAUGAGUAACACAACUUGUUCCGUUUUAGUCGUAAUAAUGGUUCCGAAUUAGGCGACAAUUUGCUACCAUCAGGUUGUAAAGGAUGUGUACACUUAAAGUAAACAAUCAGAUGUUCCCUCAGACUUUCAUAUUGUCUAGUCACGAGGCGGGAGUGUCUUGGUUGUGCAUGGUGUCCUGUGAUGUCCCCGGGCUGUAAGGGUGUUCCCCCUGCCUCAUGGUGCAUAGGGAGGGGUGUCUUCACUAGUCAAAAGCUACGCAUGUAAUACAAAGACCAAGAACUUGUCUCAAAUAGUAUACAUUAUAUUUCAAAUCUAUUGGUAUAGGUUAUACUUUGUUUUAUUCAGACCUAGGCAUACACAUUUUUUAUGAAGUACACAGUUUUUUUUGUUGUUGUUGAUUUCUACAUGUGAAUUAUGACAAAAUAUCUGUUUUGUGUAUCGUGAAUCAUGUGACCAACAUCGUUUCCUUGGGCAUUCAACACUUGACUGGGGAAGUAAUCUCGUAGUUUCUGAAUGCUGCUCCAGUUUGUCAAAAUCAGUCUAGUGGUAGUGUCAAUCAGUAAAAUGCUAAAUGUGACUACUUACUUAACUACUUGUUAGCCUGACAUGGCUGGAAUAGUCUUACCAAAGAUGAAUUAUGUCAAAUACAUUAAGAGGUAAUAUUUUUUAUAUAUCAUAGAAACAGUAACUUGAAUUGCCUUUUAAAGAGUAAACUCCAUUGAUUUUUGUAAUCCCUAAGUCGUGUACACAAGGUCCCCUUGACUGGUGCCAAGAACUGCUCGCCAGGGGUGAGCGUUCUCCGGCCAGGAGAGGGCACGGCCUGCCGGGCCACUGUGAUAAUUCAUGACUGGUGUAAUGGUGUCUCCCAACGCAUUUCCUUCGCACAAGAACUUUACAAAUAUGAAGGAAAACAUAGAACUGAUGUGGAAACUUGUUUACUGAUGCAGUAGAAUAAUAUGGUUUUGUUUUAAAAGUUAAGGGUAAAAGUAAACUAUUGUGUGGAUGUACUGUAUGGUCAACAUUGGUGUUUCAUCUUUGUGUUACGUACAUUGGAAGUUUCAGAUAAGAAAACCACGGACGACAGCGCAUGAAUGUCACAAAAGUGUUCACUUACCAUGACUGUGCAUGAAUUUCUUUUCAUAAUUUUUUCCUUAUGACUAAAACAGUGUGCUUGGGUAAAGAUGGAUGUCCAAGCCCAAUAUAAUAGUGAAGGUUAUUAAAUAUUUUCAUAAUAUCCAAGGUAAUGACAAGAGGAGUUGCAAGAGCUUCAUGUAGUCUGUGUUUUGAGGUGUCAUCUUCCAUAAUACUUAACCACACAUUUUUUAUUAUACAUGCUGUGGAUGAAGGCAGAUCCAUUAAUAUUAAAUUGAUAAACUUGUCUCAUGGCUCCUCAAAAGACAAAUCAAAUAUUUGAUGACUCAGGAGUAGGAAGGCAGCACCAGGGCUUCUAACCUUUGCUCACGGCACCCCUCGCCACCAACAAAUUCCAUACCAAGGCACUCUUUUCUCAAGGCCCACUCACUCACUUCCCAGAUACUUGUGUCGAGAGUUCACAUCUCUGUUUCUGAAUUGUUCAUGAAGAUCAGACUGGCUACAGGUAAUUAUUUAACUUUUCCUGUCUCACUUUUUGAUGGCUGGAUGAUCUGAGCGCUUGUAUGAGCAGCUUGUAGAGGCCCUCCUUCAUGUCCCCUUGUGCCAGGCCUGACAGGCAAGGGGUGGUGAGCAAAGGCAGUGUUGCUUGCCCUGGUGCUUUUUAUCCUGUCCUUCUAGUAUUAUUUUGAGAUUAAGCUCUUUGAUUCUGAAACGAGCAUGAUAUGUACUCUGCUUUUAUGACUAUGAAGGCAUUCAGAGUUCAAGCUGUGAGUAAGAUUCUAAAUGACACUGUAGUAGAGGUAAUGGCAGAAAUUCAAACCCAUAUAGUAGAUGUUUUCCCCUUAUAGAAGUAGUCUUGUCUGCAGCUUAUUUAUAAAUACUGGAAGUUAAUUGUUUAGUAUCAUAAUUUUGUGAAACAUUUAAAUCCUGAUAAAAUUACGUGAACUACGGCGCAUUCUUGGCUAAAAGUCAAUCUCAUGGGAAAGACAACCCCCAAAGUUGGCCUGAAAACAAUCACUGAAAUUAUUUGUCUUAUGUGAAUGUAUACUGAGUUAUAAAGGUCAGAUGAUUACAGUGAAUCCUGGCAUAUUACCUUCACAACACAGGUACAGAUGCCAUGAACCUGAGCAGCUAUAAUGUGCUUGUACAGGGUGUUGGUGUGGGCCGUUCAUUGACCAAGGCUAAACAAAAUGGAUUAUAAUUAUUUUGUCCUGUGGUUGCUUCUAUAUAUAUUUUCCUUCUUUCAUUCAGUUUUGCUCAAUGUGAUUUAUUAUAUAGUAAAGGGAUGAGUCACAUAAUCGAUGAGGACUUUGUUUCAUGUUAUCUCAGCUUCUUCACUAAAGCCGUGUGGGGAGCCGAGACCUCCAGUAAGGUGGUAUUGUUUGUUUGGAAGCCAGGUGGUGUCUAAGGGGCAGCCACAAGCUUAUUACCUGUACAGUUACGUUUACCCAAGAGCACAUCAAAAUAAUGAAUCCCAAGAGUAAUGAUAUAUGACAGUAGUACAAUAAUGGCUCAUAACACCCAAUAUAUAUACAACCUAGUAUUAUAGGCUUUGUACAUAUCCUGAUUUCAAUAUACUUUUGUUUGUAAUUAUUUGAUUUGCUGUAGAUAUAUCUUACUCAGACCUCUGUCCCAAAUGGUGUUUGAUGAAUAACUGGGUUGAUAAUACUGUAAUGCAUAGAGUGUAGCAUCUCCACUGCCACAAGCUGAAGUGGAGCAGGCGCCAGCAACUGGACGAGUCAGCCCAUGUUGGGACAGCAGCAGGAGGUGCAAGAUGAAGUCUACUGAAUAUUUUCUUGCCCAAUGUUCACUUGUUUUCUGGCCACAUGUUUCUUCCUCACAGUCCUUGGUGCUCCUAGACAGCUUUUGGUAUACUGGCUCAUUUAGCUUCUUGUUCAGUACUAUUAUAAACAUUGUGUAUAAUUUUUGUUCUACAUACCCUUUUGAUAAUGUCAAGUGUAGUAUUUGCCACUGAGGCUUAUGCUUGAUACACUGAGUUGGCAGCAAGUAGGUUUUACCAUUACCAGAAAGCUUACUUACAGCUUGGUACAGUUUCAACUGUGAUAAGCAGAUUGGAAUAAAGAGAAAGGUUCAAUAA